AUGAGCGAUCAGGAAGUGACUUUUUCAGCUUUGCGAUCUCUUCAGUCCCCUUCAAAGUCACAGAAUAGAUUAAGAACUGGUCGUACUAAAAAGCCAGAGGAAAUUGUUGACAAAGUUUUUCAGUAUAUUCAAGAAAAACAUUACCAGAAUGAAAUUCUACGAAACCUCAGUCAAAGUAACCACACUGUACAAAAUUGCAGUUACUUAAAGGACCAGAAAGUGGAAUCUGAUAUUAAAAAGAACAGUUGCCAUAGAAAAACUGGAAUCUCAUCAAAGCGUUUGCCAAACACAGGUGUGGAUGAUAUUUUUAUUAACAGUUGUAAACUCGAUGAAGAAAAGUGGACCUGUUGUGGAGUAACCUGUUAUUAUUUUACCACUGAAAAUAAAACCUGGAAUCGGUGUGAGCAGACUUGCCAGAAUUUUAAAUCAUCUCUUUUGAAGAUCAAUGAUGAGGAUGAACUGGUACCAUAG